AUGCUUGUUCCGCUCGUCGUGUUGAUACAGGAAACGGACAGGCUUUCCGACCAGAGGAAGCAAGACAAUCAAAACACCUUGGGUCUGGAAGAGAGAAUCGGCCUGCGCCGGGACUGGACCACGGACGGGAACUUCUUGAGCAAGACGGAAGACGCCAUGCGCCAAACGCUGGAACUCCUCACCAUGGUGACGAACCAUAAAGCCGACACGGAGAUACUAAACAAGAACUUCAUGGACACCAUCGCAAACAACAUCAGACUGAUCAAGCACCAAGUGUCGCCGCUUUUGGACAAAUCGAGCCGGGAGCGUAUGGACCAACAUUCACUCGACGUGGAAUACCUCCUUGAGUGUUUGCGCCAAUCGAACAUCAGCAUCGCAGCGAGUUUCGGUGCGCUUCAGAAGCGGGUGGAGAUACAAAUGACCGCUCUCUACACGCUCGUCGGCCAGCGCGACAGCAAGCUGAAUCUCGAGAUGGCGUACGAUUCUCGCCGGCUGGCAAGCGCAUCGAAGCGCGACAGCUCGUCGAUGAAGACCAUCGCCGUGCUGACUACCGUGUUCCUACCCGGCACCUUCAUCGCUACCGUCUUCUCCAUGCCCAUGGUGGACUACGCACCGGCUCAGUUCUGGAUCUACCUGGCCAUCGCCAUCCCCCUGACCCUGGUCGUCUUGUCGGUUUGGGCGGCUUGGAUGCUGUGGAUCGAGCGCCGGAACGAAAGAGAAGACAAAAGGGCUGAGGAACGCCUCCCCAUCUACGACAGUCGAGAGGAAUACGGUUUGAACAAGCUACCGGCCCUCAGGCGCCUGAACAGGGUGCUAUGUCAAGAUUGA